AUGUUGAAUACUAGGCCUCAAGGGAAUUUGCCUAGCAAUACUGUGGUAAAUCUUAAGGAGCAGUGUCAAGCUAUCACCUUGAGGAGCGGGAAAGAAAUUGAGGGUCUUUCUCUAAAAGGGACUCAAGAAAAAAAGGCAGAAGAAGAAGAGAGUUGUGAAAAAGUUGAGCCCCAAGUGGAGGAAAAGGUUAUUGAAGGCCUUGCAACCAAGGAGAAGAUUCAACCGGUAGUUGUUGAUUCUAAUGUCAAAAUCCCGUAUCCACAACGACUCCGGAAGAAUUGCCUUGGCAAACAAUUCUCAAAGUUUCUUGAGGUGUUUAAAAAGCUUCACAUUAACAUCCCAUUUGCUGAGGCUUUGGAGAAAAUGCUGAGUUAUGUGAAAUUCAUGAAAGAGAUUUUAUCGAAGAAACGAAGAUUGGAAGACUUUGAGAUAGUGGCACUUACUGAGGACUGCAGUGCAAUUCUCCAAAGGAAGCUUCCACAAAAGCUUCAAGAUCUGGGGAUUUUUACUAUCCCUUGUACUAUAGGGAAAUUUGAAUGCAAACAUGCUCUUCGUGAUCUUGGAGCAAGUAUCAAUCUCAUGCCUCUAUCUGUUUUUCGUAAGCUUGGUCUUGGUGAGGCAAAGCCUACUACUAUUACUCUUUAG